AUGCUAAUCCCGAGUGGAUCCUCAAAUUCGAAGACUGCUUGGACAGUAACGAGACUUGAUGCUGUUUUUGCAAAGGCAAAUUUGAUGGCCCAUAACUUCAAGGCCAACAAAUCACUUAAUUUCAUGUGGUUCCUGCUUUUUCUCUUCGCACCAUCACUUCAGUAUAGAGGGUUGGAAUUACGCCCGCCAUGCAACUUGACCGUAGACGUGGGCAACGAAAGGUGUGAUAAAAAUGCGACCAUAAGAUAUCAUUUGGAUGCAGAAACGUUGAACUGUCUACCGUUCAAAUACACAGGAUGUGGUGGAAAUGCAAAUAACUUCCGUACCAGCUCAGAGUGUCGUUUCAAAUGUUUGCCAAUGGACUACUUGAAAUGCCCAGCGAACUUUCCUCCUACGCCUAGACCCGACGGUACUGUUGAUUGCGAUGAGGUAAUAAAAAAGUGUCCGGAGGGUUCCUCGUGCCAACGAGGUUUUGUUGUGGGCAUUUGUUGCGACAACAAAAAUCUUGAAAAAUACCAUGCCAAUGUGAAACCAGACUGUGGUCACAAAAAGAUGGUAAAGGAUAAAACGAAUGAGUUUAACAUGAUCCUGCUGGGGAAGUCUUGUGACCAUCACUUCUGUCCAGAUGGAGCCGAAUGUCACCGCGGCGCAUACUUCGCCUACUGCUGCCAAUAG